CGCAAAUUUCAAAUAAUAACUGCCAAUAUUUACCGUGCUAUUGGCCUUGUAUAAAGGCGCUACUAGCCACUAUUCCCGCCGUUUACAAAUACCUUCAGCUGCAUCAUCUGAAUAAUGUCCAGUGAGCAGGAAAACGCUACGUUAGUUGCCAACUCCGUAGAUUAGCGGGAAUGAUCAUUGAUUACAGUCAAUCCAGAGAUCUCUAGGCAUAAUUGAUAGUUAUUGAACCGAUUCCGAAAAGAAGAAUAUAAGUGAACUGUAAUAUAUUAGUUAUAUAAAGUUCGACACCAUGGCGAUGCUGAAGCCAGCUGCCCUCACUCAACUGCUCAACGAAGCGAACACCGGCGGCGUCUAUGGAGCGCUACUACUGAACAUGGAUGGAGCUCUGCUGGCAUUCAGCGGCCCCGCCGACCGCGACGCGCGCGUCACGGCCGCGAUCUCGAGCAACAUUUGGGCGGCGUACAGCAAACUCGGGGCUACCGGCCGCGCACAGUCGCCUCUUGCCCCCGCCACGCCUGAACAGCGACUGUUGACCGUCCUGCUCGACUGCCAGGUGACUAACUCACGUCCUGCUAGACUGCCAGGUGACUAACUCACGUCCUGCUCGACUGCCAGGUGACUAACUCACGUCCUGCUAGACUGCCAGGUGACUAACUCACGUCCUGCUAGACUGCCAGGUGACUAACUCACG